UGCUGUGCUUGCAUCCUCACUUACUUCAUCAAUACUGCAUGCAGCUGUAGGGAGCUGGCUGUGUUCUGCACUGCAAACCGAGGACAAGCAGUUUUUCUGAUACCGGCUCCACUUAGCCUUUUCUAAAUACUCCUAACCCCUCCUUCCUGCAGUUUCAUAUACUCCAAGUGGAAUACAAUGUUAAGAAUUUUCAGAUCUUUCACCAUUAGUCUCAGUGAGCAGUCUGCAGGAUCCCAGCACUUCUCCCUGUAACAUACUUGCUCUAUUCCAAGGGUAUAAAGACUGCUUGCGCAAUGACAACAGUGGCUGUCUCUCUCAUGUGGAUGUCUCAGAUUUCCUGCAAUCAAUAUGAUCUCUUAUAGUCUCUGCUCAAUUAAAAUAUGGCUUAGCAUCCCCCGCGAGAUCCAUGUGUGGGGGAACUUUGGUUGUUCUGGAUUUCCUAGUUUCAUGCGUUUAACUCACCAUGGGAGGAUGCUUCUCCAAGCCCAAACCAGUUGAGGUAAAAGUUGAGGUUGUUCUGCCUGAGAAAGAAAGAGAAAAAGAAGAGAUGUCUCCAAAUGGAAAAGCCAGUCCUCUUGCCUACAAAGCAAAUGGAACUACUCGGCUAUAUCAUCACGAGGAGAGACCAAUAGUCCUUAAUCCCUACACAAAUCCUAAGGAUGUGGUAGAAGCCUCAGUGUGUCACGUGAAGGACCUAGAAAAUGGACAGAUGCGGGAGGUUGAUCUAGGAUGUGGCAAAGCUUUGCUGGUUAAACAGAAUGGAGAAUACUAUGCAAUGGGACACAAGUGUCCUCACUAUGGUGCACCACUAGUGAAAGGUGUGCUCUCUAAAGGUCGAGUGCGUUGCCCAUGGCAUGGUGCGUGCUUUAACAUUGCAACUGGUGACAUAGAGGAUUUCCCGGGAUUGGAUGCUCUGCCAAAAUUUCAGGUCAAAAUUGAGAAAGAGAGAGUGUAUAUUCGGGCAAGUAAACAGGCUCUUCAGUCACAGAGAAGGACAAAGGUUAUGGCUAAAUGUAUAGCACUCAGUAACUACAGUGCAGCAAUUACCAACAUUCUAAUCAUUGGAGCAGGCCCUGCUGGGUUAGUGUGCGCUGAGACACUGAGGCAGGAGGGAUUCUCGGACAGAAUCGUUAUGUGCACUUCAGAGAAAAACUUACCGUAUGACCGUUCCAAAUUAAGCAAGUCAAUGGAUUCUCAGGCAGAGCAGAUUUUCCUCCGGUCCAAAGAAUUUUUUCACACGUAUGACAUUGAAGUGCUGACAGAAUCCCAGGUUGUCGGUGUGGAUACGAAGAACAAAAUGGUGUUGUUUAAGGAUGGGUUCCGAAUGGAAUACAACAAGCUUCUGAUUGCCACUGGGAACACGCCAAAAACACUGAAAUGUAAAGGCAAAGAACUGGAUAAUGUAUUUACUAUCCGAACACCAGAAGAUGCCAAUAAGGUGGUGAGGUUGGCUAGCAGCAAGAAUGCAGUGAUUGUGGGAGCAUCGUUUCUGGGUAUGGAAGUUGCAGCCUAUCUGUGUGAAAAAGCCCAUUCUGUCUCAGUAGUUGAACUGGAAAAUAUACCCUUCAAGAAAUUCCUAGGUGAAAAAGUUGGUCUUGCAAUCAUGAAGAUGUUUGAAAACAACAGGGUGAAAUUUUAUAUGCAAACAGAAGUUUCAGAACUACGCGAACAAGAAGGAAAGCUCAAGGAAGUGGUGCUAAAAAGUGGAAAGGUCCUUAGAGCCGAUGUUUGUGUAAUUGGUAUAGGAGCAAGUCCAACAACUGGAUUUCUGAAACAGAGUGGAGUUGCCCUAGAUUCCAGAGGAUAUAUUCUAGUUAACAAGAUGAUGCAAACAAAUAUUCCUGGAGUCUUUGCUGCAGGAGAUGUUGUUACCUUCCCAUUGGCAUUUCGGAAUAACAAGAAGGUGAAUGUGCCUCACUGGCAGAUGGCACACAUGCAAGGCCGAAUAGCAGCACUAAACAUGUUGGCCCAAGGCACUGAAAUCAAUACAGUUCCAUAUCUGUGGACAGCAAUGUUUGGAAAAAGUAUACGAUAUGCAGGGCACGGAGACGGUUUUGAUGAUGUCAUCAUUCAAGGAGACAUUGAUGAAUUAAAGUUUGUGGCAUUUUAUACAAGGAAACCCAAACGAAGGUUCUUAUCCUAUAGUAGGAUGACACCCUGCGUAGAGCACUGGAGGAAUGAUGAGGUUAUUGCCGUCGCAAGUAUGAACUAUGAUCCUAUAGUGUCCAAGGUGGCUGAAAUAAUGUCAUCUGGAAAAACUAUAAGAAAACGGGAUGUCGAGACUGGAGAUAUAUCUUGGCUGACGGGGAAGGGAUCUUAGCACAGACCGUUGUUCCCAGUGGAACCAAAUUGCAAUUGCAUCGAGCAACAAGUGCAUGUACAACUGCCAAUACAAUGCAUUUUACUUACAAAAAUAUGUGCCAACGCACUGUUGAUUGUGUGCUGUGAAAUAGAUGCUUUUGCAUUUCUCAUCUAGCUAUCUAAGGAAUAUACAGUAAGCCAUGGCCUUCUGCUGAGACUUCCGUGAUCACAAAGGAAGUACCAAGCCGAUCAUGAAACCAAGAAAGAAUAUAAAAAGACUUUAAAGAGUUUAUUGCCUAAGCUUUAAGUGUUACUGGGGAAUGCACUGAAACAAAUCAUGUGAAGAACAGAAAGAGGAAUCAGAGUUUAUUUUUUUGUAAAGAACUCAACAUUUUAUACAGAGCCUGUAGCAACCGCACAUUCUGCUGACCUAUCAGGGGCAUUAUAACUGCUGAAAUGUCUAUGGUGAAAUCAUUUAACAUCCUGGUUAUCCAAAGUUGCAAGGAAUAUGGUGUGACUACUUCCUACAUAUGCUGCUCCUACUCAUUUUGGUAGUUUUCUGAAAUGUACAUACAAAUUUCAUCCAAAAUACAUAAGAUAUUUCAGAAGAAAUAAAAGAGACAAAGUAUUCA